GCACUGUUUGUCGGCCAUAGUUUUUGUGUAAUUUUUAAUGUUUGUGGAAACUAUAUUAAAAUAUUAAUCAAAUAAGUAUCAAACAUUAAAUAUUUGUUUAAUAAAUUAGAGUGAACUUUACAAGACUUUAAUAUAAGAAGUUUGGAAUUGAUUACUUUUGAAAGAAAAGAAAGAAUUUGUGAUAAAAGUUGAGAAAGUAACCUUCAAAAUAGAAGGAAUAAAACAAUAGCUAUUUUGGCUUGGGAAUCUGUAUUUUUGCAUUAAAUCAAAAAUAUUUUACUUAUUUUGAAUUAAAUUACAAAUUUUUAAGAACGAACAUAUACUCAAAUGGCGGAUGAUAUUGUGAGUGAUCAGCUUGUUGAUGGAGAAGAAGCAGAAUAUUCAGUGGAAAAAAUUGAAGAUAAAAGGAUAAGAAAUGGAAAGGUUGAAUAUUUUCUAAAAUGGAAAGGAUACUCGCGAGAAGAUAACACAUGGGAACCUGAGGAAAAUCUAGAUUGUCCAGAUUUAAUAGCUGCUUUCGAGGAAUCUCUAAGAAAAAAAGAAGAACAAAAGGAAAGAAGUAAUAAAAGAUCUUCAACUAAAGAAGAGACAGCACCAAAACCUAAAAAAAGAUCAUCAAGUGUUGUUAGUGAUGCUGAUAAAGAUAAAGGACCACAAGGUUUCGAAAGGGGUUUGGAGCCAUCGAAGAUAAUUGGAGCAACAGAUUCAUCUGGUGAAUUAUUAUUUUUAAUGAAAUGGAAAGGUUGCGAUGAAGCAGAUUUAGUACCAGCGAAACAAGCAAAUAUAAGAUGCCCACAGGUUGUAAUACAAUUUUAUGAAGAAAGAUUAACAUGGCACACACCGACCCCUGAUGAUAAGGAUAAAGCUAGUAAUGAACCAAAUACAACAACGUCAGAUCCAUAAAGAAAAAAUCAAAAUACAGAACGAAAUUACAAGAGUAAUAAAGAAAUUAACAUCAAAAAAUGAAAAAAAUAAAAUUUCAAAACAAAAAUCAAUUUUUAUCAUUGUAAAAUAAUUAAAAGAUUUUUUUUUAUUUUUAAUUUUCCGACUUUAGAAAAUAGAUAUACUUUCGUUUUAAACUAUCAAAUGAAGGCUCGACAAAAUGAAAACCUAUACAAAUAAAUAAAUAUCCUUUAAAAAAAAGAAUUGCUAAUAGGAUUAAU